CCCAGCUUCUUCCCUUCCCCUCCCCUUCCCCUCCCCGCUCCUCGCUUGCUCUGCCCGGUGCGUGCGGUCCCGCUCCCCGCGGGCUGCGGCGGGCGGGCGGGGAGGGGGGGGGGGACACAUACGGAACGGGCUAAACCACCGCUCCUUUCUUUUCUUUUCCGUUCCAUUCCGUGCCCAGCCGUGGCCCCCCCCCCCUCCCCUUUCCCUUUUUGCCCUCGCCAUGCCCAGAGCUUUUCUGGUAAAGCGUCGGAGCCCGCAGCCGGCGGUGCGCAGCUGGGAUGGGUUGCCCGACGAGGAGAGAGCCGACACCUACAUCCCAGGUGGGAUCGGCUGCGUGCUGCUGGGCUGCGAGGACAGCUGUAGCCUGGAGAGCAGCGGGAGCAGCGGGACCAGGGAUGCGGAACCCAGCGAUCCCCCGACACCCCAACCCGCUCCCGGAGAGAUGGGCACGGCCGGGGGGAUGCUGCUGGACCUGGCCGUCAAGCGUCCCACGGUCAGGUCGAAAAUCAAGUUCACCACCGGCACCUGUAACGACGCUACGGUGCAUAGCUGCGAGCUGUGUGGCAAAGGCUUUCGCUUGCAGCGGAUGCUCAACCGUCACAUCAAGUGUCACAGCCAGGUGAAGAGACACUUGUGCACCUUCUGUGGAAAAGGCUUCAACGACACCUUUGAUUUGAAAAGACAUGUCCGGACCCAUACCGGAAUUCGUCCUUACAAAUGUGAGGUUUGCAACAAAGCCUUCACCCAGCGCUGCUCCCUGGAGUCCCACCUUAAGAAGAUUCAUGGUGUGCAGCAGCAAUACGCCUACAAACAGAGGCGAGAUAAACUUUACGUGUGCGAAGACUGCGGCUACACAGGCCCCACGCAGGAGGACCUGUACCUGCACGUUAGUAAUGUUCACCCCGGAAGCGCUUUCCUGAAAAAAACCUCAAAAAAACUUGCAGCGGUUUUGCAAAACAAACUGAGCCCUGUUCUGCAGAGGAACUCCAAAGAUGACGACAAAGAUGAGUAACACGGUGGAUUACAGUGGUCUAAAGGAAUGAAGUUUACAUGUAGGACUAUAUAUAUAUUAUUUUUUUAAAACCAAUUUUGACAGAAAUCCCUGAAAUGAAAGGGACGCUUUUGUUAAUGGGACUCUCUUGAUUUUGGUAGAACCUCAACUUGAAACAAAUAUUCCCAUAUACGAUGCAAACAUCAGGCAUUUUUAUCUGGCCCAAAAAAUGGAAAGCUUGGAAGAGGCUGUCACCUCUUGGAUGGAAUGUUUACUGAACUGACAUUCAGGCAACCCGUUUUCUGUUUCAGCUCUACCACACGUCCGAGUGGCCACUGACAAAUAAGUUCACCUUUCCCCAGUGUAUUUUGUAAAGAUAAUAACCAUUGCCUCCUGUACAAACUACUUUUGAGAGGUUUGGGUGAAAAGUGCCGUGUAAGAGCAGCUACUAGUACGUUGUUCUAUGCAAAAUGAAUUAAAAUGGUCUUAAGAACAGGACUACAUUGUAUCAGUAAAUAAGUUAAAAUGCACAGAUGAGCUUUAACUCUGCCCCCUGUGCAGUACACUCACAAUUUAUGGAAGCGUGAUCCAAGGUGAGCUGAAACUUUUUUUAAAGGAUGCAGAACUUUUUCCUCCCAAACUUUCUCUACUAGCAAAUGACAUUCCAGGGCAGACUUAAAGUCGUGUUUUAGGUACUUCAAACUGUGAACUUACUUUUAUCAUGUUUAGAUUUAAGCGUAACCUUAACUCUGAUGUUCCUGGACUUGUCACGCUCACUUUGGGGAUUAUUACCACAGCCUUCUAACAUACAUCAAUAUCAACCCAGAAACCCAAAGAAAACACUUCAGUGACUUGAAGCUAUGUAUUUUCUGUCAUGAUGAAAUGCUAUUUUGUGUGUAUUUUAAGGGGGGGGCGUGUGUGUGUGCAUGUGUGUGUGUGCUUGGAGAUUUUUUUUUUCUUUUUAACCAUCAAGUGCCUGCUCGCUAAUACAACGGAGCAGUGCAAGGCAGUGAAAAGGGAGACUUUGUCUGUCGCUGCCUCAUGAGAUCAGUGCAAAACUGUAGGCACAAAUCUGGCCUCUCAUCUGUAACCAGUCAGUUUAGAAGGCUCCUAGUGAGACUGAUGGUACAAGGAGGUAGCGAUGAUGAUGAGGGACUGGUACUACAUCUCUGCUUUCAGACUUCCCCUAUAGUCCUGCUCCAGCUCCUGUUGACCCAGGACAACCAAGAGGGUAGCCUACAGGGACUAGUGAGGGUGAAUUUAGGGAUUUAAAAAAACAGAGGAGAGGGAUGCCCACAUAACUCAUGUUGCUGAAACCACCUGACACUUUAAGGCUCUUCAGAAGCCGCUGCAGCCUUUACUGGGCACUUGGGUGUCUGUAUUAGGAGCGACAGGGUGGGGUGGUAACUUCCUCAGCAACCACAAAGUGCUCUGGUCCAAGCGCAUGUUAUUCUGUCUCUUAAUGGACACAGCUGCCAAACAGGUUUUACAUCAAUUAAAAUGCAUAACAAUUAAUGGAUUUCAUUUGUAAAUUCCAAAAAUUCAUUCCGUGCUCAAAAUUACAUUCGGGGAGGAUGUGCUGUAUUCUAUGUACAUUGAAACAACAGCUGAAAAGUAACCCACCUAAAAGACAGAGUCAUAGCCAGGACCUUCAUAGUCAUUACUACUAAAAUGAGAUUCUGAGCAUCUCUGCAAGAAUUGUAAAAAUCUUCUCAAUUUGCCUCAGUUUUGUACAGGCAUCUGCUUGGGUUUUUGUGGGGAAAAGCUUCUAGGGGUUUUAAAUCAUUUCUAAUGAUAUUAAUACUUUAUUCAGCACAACUGUUGGUGCUUGGGACCUUGAAAACAAGGAUAAUAAAGCGAUGCUACUGUGUAAAG